AUGCGUGCUGCGACAUAUUCGACGUUUUCCGUCUACUGCACUUUCUACUCAUCAGUCUUAGUUCUGUUGAGUUUGAUCAUUGGUCAAUGUUUCUGUCUUCCAAUGCUCGGAGACUUGCAUGGAAUCCAUCACACUCCAACGCUCUCGAAGGGAUUAGGGUCGGAGAUACACGAAAACCCUUGGAGUAGUUUGUCAGUAAAGGAAUUGGGUAGCACCAUAUCUGGCCAACGCGCUGGCCCCGAUGGAGGUCGAAGUAGUAUUCAAAGAGUGCCAGGAGCAAUUUUGAUGGCCGACUCAGACUUGGUUAGCGCCCUGAAAAACGAAGUAUUGAAACCAUUACGAAAGCUCUCAGAGCACGAAAUCGCCGGUUUCACUCCACAAGCUACUAAAGCUCUUUCACUUCAGACCGAUUAUCUCGAUACGAUUGUCAGGGGAUAUAUGGAUCAAUCUCCCACAAACCCCAACCAGCCAGGAAACCUCGAAAAUUCGGUGCGCGAUGCCGAUCUUAGAAGAUCCGAGGGUGACCAGAUAGCCUCAGAUUUCGAUCGUCCAGGCUGGCACGGGCUAGAGCGAUCACAUAUAAGCAGCCAGAUAUCUGCGUACGAACGUGCCCCCAAACCAGUGGUAACCCAUGUCACGAAGGGAUUUCCACAGGCCUUCAUGAUAGCCACACAACCUGGCCUGUUGGAGCCUGUGGUCUCGCAGCCCAAGCAAAACAUUGCCGAGUUGAUGUCAAUCUUGGCGAAUUUGAUCGGCAGUAUCAGCAGUAUGGUGCGGUUCUUGGCCCGGUAUCACAUCAGUGAAGCUCUAAACGAGGAGGGGGUCAUUCCACGUCAUAUGAAAGACCCGCUUCAGCUUUCAUGGCUCGAAGAGUUUGAUGAAACAAUCGUGCUAUUCUCUGCUACACUAAAAUCAGUCUAUCUCGAGUCCGGCCAGACCAUGCAAAAACUAGACUCGUUCAGCGAAAUCAAUCAAUCUAUCCCAAUGAUUUACUUGACAGACAUCGUCAACACUCCGCCUUGGAUAUUCACGGCUCGGAAUUUCGGAUAUUCUGUCGGUGCUAAGGAAAAAGAAGCCGCUUUCAAAGACUUUCCUCAGCUUGAACAUUUUGGAAAGAUGGUCGAAAACAUUUCGAAAAUUUCGCACGCGACCGCAAAGCUCGAGCCACGUGAUCGAAUCGGUGUACUUCAAAAAGUUCUUCUCCAUCCUGAGAAUUUUAUCAAUGCAUGA